GUUUCGGCAGUCGAUUAAACGGGUAAUGAUAAAAGUCAAAAUUACAGUUUCUAACAAAGACAGAUAUCUUGAAAGUAGAAAUGCUAUUUCCUACCAAGAAAAUUUGCACAUUUAAAACGUGGCAAUUGUUAGCCGAAUGUAAAAGAAAGAAAUAGUAUUCGCGUUGAAAAUACGAAAGCGACCGAACAAAAUCAAAGUUGGUCCGUGACGCAUGAAACUUCAAGCGAACUUGCGCAGUGAAUUUCUUUGUCCAUUAUCCUCUUUGUGGUGUUCCAGUGCGUACGAACUUUUUUUUUCGUGUGUCUUAUCUAGUGCCGGCCAUCUAAUAGUGAUUGUUCGUAUGAUUUCUCCGAAGUGAUUCCGUAUAUAUGGACGAAUCCUCAAACCGCGGUCUUUCGCGUCCGAUGUCUAGUGCUGCAAUUGCAGGCAGCUCCGUCGAUCCACCAGCAAAGAAGCGAAAGCUCGAAACUUCAACCCUCGAAAUGGCGAACAGUUCAGGACCGUCUCGAGCCAGCGAAAUCGACGAGGGGCUGUAUUCUCGCCAGCUCUACGUUUUGGGACACGACGCAAUGCGUCGUAUGGCUAAAAGUGAUGUACUCAUAUCGGGCUUGGGGGGGCUGGGAGUGGAAAUCGCGAAGAACGUUAUCCUGGGGGGCGUCAAGUCGGUGACCCUCCACGAUGAGGUCGUUUGUACUAUUAGCGACUUGUCUAGUCAAUUUUAUAUUUCAGAAUCUGAUGUCGGGAAGAACAGAGCGGAGGCUUGUUGCAAAUCUCUGUCAGAACUCAAUAACUAUGUACCCACGAAGGCGUACACGGGCCCUCUCGACGAACAGUUCAUCAAAAACUUCAGCGUCGUGGUCCUUACCACGAGUUCAAGGUCUGAACAGCUGCGCAUCAGUGAAAUCACUCACUCAAAUAACAUCGCCCUGAUUAUCGCAGAUACUAGGGGCUUAUUCGCCCAGGUGUUCUGUGAUUUCGGGGAGUCUUUCACCGUCGUUGAUACCAAUGGGGAACCGACCGUUUCGGCAAUGAUUGCUGAUAUUUCCAAAGAUAAGGAAGGUGUUGUCACCUGUAUAGACGAUACCAGGCAUGGUAUGGAAGACGGGGAUUACGUGACAUUCUCCGAAGUUCAAGGCAUGACAGAAUUGAAUAACUGCGAGCCCAUCAAAAUCAAAGUACUGGGACCCUAUACUUUCAGCAUCGGCGACACUACAUCCUUCGGGAAAUAUGAAAGAGGCGGUAACGCAUCUCAGGUCAAAAUGCCAAAAGAGCUGCAUUUCAAACCCCUCAAAGAAUCGCUGCUGGCUCCAGAGUUCGUCAUAACGGAUUUCGCCAAGAUUGACAGCCCCCAGCAACUCCACUUAGCUUUCACCACCCUCCACAAAUACGUCGAGAAGAACGGUAGGGUUCCCAAACCUUGGAGCAACGAAGACGCUGACGAGUUUGUUUCUUUGGCAAAGUCUAUAGCUGUAGACGGUUCAAAUGAUACUGAAGUCAAUGGUAGUUUAUUGGAAACGUUUGCUAAAGUUGCGGCAGGAGAUUUGAAUCCGAUGAAUGCCACGAUCGGAGGCGUUGUGGCCCAGGAAGUGAUGAAGGCUUGCUCCGGGAAGUUCCACCCGAUUUAUCAAUGGCUCUAUUUCGAUUCGAUCGAAUGUCUACCCCAAGAUCGUUCUGAAAUCACAGAAGAAUUAGCUGCUCCCUUCGGCAGUCGUUAUGAUGGGCAGAUUGCAGUUUUCGGAAAAGAAUUCCAAAAGAAACUAGCCGCACUGAAAUACUUCGUAGUCGGCGCUGGCGCCAUAGGAUGCGAGCUUUUGAAAAAUUUUGCAAUGAUGGGUGUGGGCACUGAGGGACAAAUAACGGUGACGGAUAUGGAUUUGAUUGAAAAGUCCAACUUGAACAGGCAGUUUCUGUUUAGACCCCACAAUGUGCAGCAGCCAAAGUCUGCUACAGCAGCAAAGGUAAUCAAAAAGAUGAACCCUGAAGUAAACGUCGUGGCCCACGAGAACCGCGUAGGCCCGGAGACGGAAAGCAUCUACAAUGACGCUUUCUUCGAGAAACUUGAUGGCGUUGCCAACGCCUUGGACAACGUCGACGCCAGGAUAUACAUGGACCGCAGAUGCGUCUACUACCGCAAACCUCUGCUGGAAUCUGGGACGCUCGGUACGAAAGGCAACACUCAAGUCAUUGUUCCGUUCUUAUCUGAGUCGUACAGCUCGUCCCAAGACCCCCCUGAGAAGAGCAUACCCAUCUGCACCCUGAAGAACUUCCCGAACGCCAUCGAACACACUUUGCAGUGGGCUCGCGACAACUUCGAGGGGCUCUUCAGGCAGAACGCCGAGAACGCGUCGCAGUACUUGAAGGAUGCCGGUUUCAUCGAUCGCACCCUCAAGUUACCUGGAGUGCAGCCCUUGGAAGUCCUCGAAUCGGUCAAGGCAGCUUUGGUCGACGAGAGGCCCAAAUCUUUUGAAGACUGUAUCGCCUGGGCCCGCAACCACUGGCAGGAGCAGUACUCGAACCAGAUUAGGCAGUUGUUGUUCAACUUUCCUCCGGAUCAGCUCACAACCACCGGCCAGUUGUUCUGGUCGGGGCCAAAACGUUGCCCGGAAGCGCUCACUUUCGAUAUCAAUAAUCCUCUCCAUUUGGAUUACGUCCUUGCGGCAGCUAAUUUGAAAGCGCAGGUGUAUGGUAUUCCGACCAACAGGGACAGGGCAUAUAUUGCUGAAGUGGUCAGCAAGGUUGAGGUACCAGAGUUUGUGCCGAAGUCUGGCGUCAAAAUAGCUGUUACAGACUCCCAAAUGGCCAUGAACGGUAACAACGUCGACUUGGAUCGAGUAACUCAAAUUAAAGAGGAGCUACCCUCCGUCGAAGAACUGAACGGGCUCUGUCUUACUCCGCUAGAAUUCGAAAAGGACGACGACACCAAUUUCCACAUGGAUUUCAUUGUUGCUGCUUCUAACCUCCGAGCAGCAAACUAUAAAAUACCUCCCGCAGACAGACACAAGUCUAAGCUCAUUGCAGGUAAAAUCAUCCCGGCUAUUGCUACCACGACAUCCGUCGUAGGGGGGCUCGUCUGCUUCGAGCUGUACAAACUGACACGAAGCAUGAAGAGUUUAGAACCAUUCAAAAACGGCUUUGUCAACCUCGCGCUGCCUUUCUUUGGCUUCUCCGAGCCGAUCGCGGCCCCCAAGAUGGAGUACUGUGGCAACGAGUGGACACUUUGGGAUCGCUUCGAGGUCCAAGGAGAGAUGACGCUCAGCGAGUUCUUAACGUACUUCAAAGAGAAGCACAACCUCGAGAUCACAAUGCUCUCCCAGGGCGUUUGCAUGCUUUACUCGUUUUUCAUGGCAAAGGCCAAGGCGCAGGAAAGACUCGGACUGACCAUGUCAGAGGUAGUCAAGAAGGUGUCGAAGAAGAAGCUAGAACCGCAUGUGAGGGCUCUUGUUUUCGAGUUGUGCUGCAACGACGCCGAAGGCGAAGACGUUGAAGUGCCCUACGUGAAAUAUAAUCUGUGUUGAGUUGGGGGUACAUGACGGGCUAGGGACGUGCGCACGUUGAGGUUAUAGUGAUGUGUUUUAAAUUAUUGAUUGUCUCCGGGAACCGUAUGGCGGUUCCCUAAGCUCCAAGACAGUUUUCAUCGGUGCGGCGUGGAGGGUAAGCAUUUAAACCAACCGAUGCGAUAUAAUUAACAUGUAGAAUGCUGUUAUUUUUAUGAAAUUGUAGAUUUCAAGGUAAUAAUUAUUAUUUUCCUAAAUAUUUUCAUGUGUGUGAGCAAAUAAAAUGUUUACA